CUCGAUUAGCCACACCCGAUUCACCCGGGACUGCCAUGCCGACCGGGUGCGAUCUGUCAGAUCUGAUGGGUGCCGGUUCUCGCCCUACUCGUGUCGUUUCCAAUUGGGAUUCCGAGGCCUUUUCGGAUCGCCUUGUGCUCUUGAUUUUCCCCUUUUUCCCUGUUUGCUCCAUUUUCUCCCAUCACACCGCUUGGGCCUCAACUCACCCCCUCCCCUUCCAUCUCCCACAUUUUCUCCUCCAAGCAACAACCCAACCACCCUUUGGGCCACCAGCUGACUCCUUAGGGUUAUCGCCUACAGGCAACAACCUGACUUAUCUGACCAAUAAAUGGCCGUCUUCCUGUUCACUACGGUACUUACCUAUCAGUCGUAUCUCAGUCUAGCCCUUCCCUGCACGGAUCGCCUCCACUCCCAAGCUCAAGCUCCCCGUCUGGUUCUUGCAGAGCUUCCAGUGGACUAUGAAAUACAUACCUUUUACCACUUUCCAGAGAUUCCCCCUAGGCUGAUAUUUUAGAAUGAUAUUUGAACAUCCCCCGCCAUCAC